CUACAGUUACGUUUGUUUCUGAAGCCAAUAAGAUAUAUUAAUUGAGUAGUGGAGCGAUGGGGACCCCGGGGAAUUCUCGGAGAAGGAUUAUGUCGAGAGAAAUGUCGGAGGAUGAAAACGUGAUGUUAAUGAUAAAAGAGGCCGAUGCCAAGUUCAACGCCAAGAGAGCUUCACUUGCUGAGGUCAAAGAGGCUUGUAUGAAGAUAUUGGUGCAACAGCAGCAAGAGAACACCCAGGAAGACUUCAAAGAGAAAUACAUGGAUGCAGUCGAGUCGAUUGGCCAUUUGGAAACUGAGAAGGUGUUGCUCAUGUACCAGGUGGAGCGGCUGAGGGAUGUCCUGGAGGGCACAGAGGAGGAGCUGGCCGAGCUUCACUGGAAUCAUCAGCAAAUAACCAGGGAGCUGGAAAAGGAGAAAGUUGCCAAAUAUUUAUUGUUACAGAAAAUGAAUUGCAUGCAGGAGCAACUGGAAGAGAGAAAGAUAAAUGAGGCUGUUGAAAUGACUAAUACCAAUGAUCUGGAUCAAGGUAUCCAGAGCAACCUUAAACAGGAGGAAUAUUCAGGUGCAAGGAAAAUGGAGUUGAAAUCGGCUGAUGAUGGCAUGCAGCAACUUUGGAGCUCAACAGCAAACUUGGCAGAUGGAGAGCAGAAACACUUGACAAACACCAGCUUUGAAGCUAAACACAAUAUGCAAGGUCAAGCAAAAAUACUUGCACAACGAGGUGCAGAUGACGUGCUUUUGGAAGAAUCUACUCGUCUGAUAAAGGCUGGUGAAAAUAUGAUGAUUGCAGAAAAAGUGAACCAUGUUCACCAUUGUGAGGCUGAAAGAUCCACAUUGAAUAACGUCAUGGAAGGCAGUGGAAGUGAAACUUUUGAACCUGUAAAGGUGGACAGUGAAAGAAGCGACUCGGAAAGUAAGGGCCAAAAAGAGGAAGAGCUAAUCUUUGGGGCAAGUCGAGUUUCUUUGGAGGAGAGUGCACACAAUGAGACACAAAGUGAUGUAGAGGCAAGAGAGCAAGUGGCUUGUGACCAUUCUUUGAGUAACGCGGUGAAAGAGGGAGAAAGAAAGCAAAUUGAACAAAAGAAAACCAUUACGAUGGAAAUGCCUGAUGGAACAAACCUGGAAUCAACAGAUGUUUAUGGAAGUAUAGCAAGGGUUCCGGGGCAAGACCAUGGAGUAACCCCUAGAGAAACCAGAUGGGAGGGAACUAAAGAGUGGAACAGGGAAGCAAUAUCUUCAGGUAAAAGUGACAAAGAAUUAGGAAUGGAUUGCAAGGCAGAGGAUAUCGAAAGUGGCAGAAAGGAUAUUCUUGAUGGAGUUGGGAGAGCUGAUGAUGAACGGAUAGAGUGCGGCAGAAAUAGGGAAGAGGUCACCAACCCCUUUCAGAGUGUGAAAGCAACCAUUCCAAGUCUUGCAAAGGAUGGAGUUUCUGCGAAUCUGAAGCAGGAUUUGGGGUCGGACGAGGAGCAACAGCAUGGAAAAGUAAUGUCUGAAGAGAACAAGAAUCCAGUGAAGAGUCAGGAGACGGAUGGAUGGUUACAAAGUUCUAUUGAUGAAAUAAAUCAAGAAGCCUGCAGUAGAAGGAAAGAAGGCAAGGAUAUCAAUGAAAAAGCAAGUGUAGGUGUAUUACAAGAGGACAAUGCAGACGAGGGGAAUGAAAUGAAUGUAGAUUUAGAUGCACAAGAGCAUAACAUUGGAAUGGGUGGAUCAGUUCAGGGGGAAGGGAAACAAACACACAAUGGUAGCAACACUGAGGAAAACAAUGGUGAGAGGGAGAAGAGCCCACUUGAAAUGUUUGUGCAACUCAUUAGAACGAUAAUAACACAGAAGAACCUUACGAAAAAUGAGGGCCAGGCGAGCAGGAAGGAUGAUGCGGAUGACUGCAGGAGUGAGGUGCGUGGGGAAAGGGACGAGGAAAUAAAAGAGCAGAAUGAAGAACAUCAAGAACUGUAUGUGGGAGAAGAGAAAGAAGAGUUAGGAUCACCAGGUGAUGGGUAUGGGGAGAAAAGGGGGAAUGAUAUGAGUGGGGAUGGACCGCUCGAAGGUACAAUCAAGCUGACAGGACCGGAAGGAAGGAAGGCUGCAAGGGAAUUUGUUGGAGAAGCAGAGGGAGUCGCGGAUGAUCUAUCUGAUGAGGAAAUGCACGAUGCAGCAGAAAGUAUGGCAUCUGAACCAAAAGCUGCCUUGUGCGAUGGAGAAAGGAAACCAGACACUGAAGAUGAUCCUGAAAACACACCAGAGGACAAGAUGGGUUUUGGGCAGAGUUUGAAUAGAAACGAGAGUAUCAUGCGACACAUGAAAAAUAAAGAAGCGUGUCGGGUUUCGUAGAGUUCCUGUCAUGUUCCAACUACGUAAAUCUUGAGGCUGAAAAGACCUCAAAGGCUUCUUAGAAACAUAGAAAAUAGAUGCAGGAGUAGGCCAUUUGGCCAGGAGCCAGCACCGCCAUUCAAAUCAGAACCCCGUUCCUGCUUUUCCCCAUAUCCCUUAGCCCUAAGAGUUAAAUCUAACUCUCUUGAAAACUUAAAACGUUGCAAAACCUUGCACAAAUUAGAUUUUUUAAAUCAUCACAACACUGAUCAUUUCUUUUUAACUGAAUAGUAAACCAUACUUGGAAUGUAAAUAAGUUGAUCUUAAGUGGAAAUAAUUUUAUGAUUGCGCUCCUCAAUGCAUUGUGCCUCAGAGUUUUUAGAUUUAAUUGACUAAGGCAUAAAUAGCCUAUCUUUAUGCGCCUAUUAUAUGUUAUAAGGCUCCUUUUGCCUUUGUUUGGGCGGUUAUCGUUUCACCAUGCCAAUUAAGAAAUCUGUACAGCCCUCGACAAACCUCUCAGAAUCUGAAGAAAUUAGCAAUGAACCUACAGAAACCUUUAUCAACAUUAAUGUAUCUGUUGCCUGUUUUAGGCAGCAUGGGCUUUUAGGAAAACAAGGUCAACAUUUUGAGAUUGACAUUGAAACACGUGAUCUAUAUUGAAGGAUAGAGUAGUAUUUCCGAAGCAUAUGAAGCACAGUGCUAUUUUAAAGAUGUGGGUGAUAUUAUAGCCCUUUGUAAUUAUGCCUGUAUACCUGCUGUUGUUAAUUUAAUGAUCAGUUACCUGUAUCACUCACUGCACCUCUGUUCACUUACUUUCCACUCGAGUCCAGCUGAACCUGCAUUUGAUGUUCCUUCUUUAGCUAGGCCCAGCAGAGAUUAAAGAUGCCUUAGCAAUACUGCUCUGCUGUGGCAGUCUGAGGGCCCUGAAAUGAUUUUAGGAUUGACAAAUGUGCUGUAGCCCUGAAGAUUGUGAAUGCUGCAAUCCACUGUAAUACAUGUUUUCUUCCACCAGAUGGUGUGAUCAACCAACUGGGUGUUGUCUGUUCUCAGAGUCAACUGUUUUCAUGUUCUUGUACUUAAGUUGGGACAAUAAAAUCUAAAUAAACGAG